GUGUAAAAGUGUGUGAGUUCAGCUUCUAAGCUGUCCCUAAAGGGAAGAGGGAGAGGAGGAAUGGGAUUAUUUAUCUCCUGAUUUUUCAAUCUAAAAUCUGGGAUUUUUAUCAACAUACUUUUUUUUAUGUCAUUGUUUUGUGGAUUAACUCACCAGGAUUUAAAGGAGACUGUGUUUUUACUGAAAGCUAUGGUGGCUUACGACGAGCUGGGGAGCUUGGUGCCCAUCAAACGGACUUUACAAGUGAUAGAGUGUCAGCACCAAGCCAACAAGGAAUCAGAGGAACCCAGCAACAAGCGUGUCCGUUCUCUUGGCAGGGUGACGUCACUAGCCAAUCUCAUCUCUCCGGCUAAGAAUGGGGCCGUUCGGCGAUUUGGCCAAACACUCCAGGCCUCCUUCCGGGGUGAUGGCAAGUCACCGAAYGCGCCCCAGAAGCCUUGCAGCAAGGCCCCUACACCACCUAAAAGGAGGAACAGCACCCUGUGGUCAGAGACAAUAGACGUCCAUCAGAAGGGAACUUUCUCUACCAAGGAGAUCAAACGACAGGAGGCUAUAUUUGAGCUGUCCCGAGGAGAACAGGAUCUGAUUGAGGACCUCCAGCUUGCACGCAAGGCAUACCAUGACCCGAUGCUGAAGCUAUCUAUCAUGUCUGAGGAGGAAUUAACUCACAUCUUUGGCAAUCUGGAUACCUAUAUUCCUCUCCAUGAAGACCUGUUAGCUCAGCUUUCCAAAGCAACAGGACCAGAUGGGACUGUGUGUCAAAUAGGACAGAUUGUAGUCCGAUGGCUGCCCAGGCUGAACGCCUACAAGCACUACUGCAGCAACCAGCUGGCAGCCAAGGCACUGCUAGAUCAAAAGAAGCAGGACCCGCGGGUGCAGGACUUCCUACAACGCUGCCUUGAGUCGCCGUUCAGUCGGAAGCUGGACUUGUGGAGUUUCUUGGACAUUCCACGCUCUCGCCUGGUCAAAUACCCGCUGCUUCUCAAGGAGAUUCUGAAACACACUCCAGCAGAACACGCUGAUGCGGGCAGCCUGGAGGAAGCUAUUACCAUCAUUCAGGGUGUUCUUUCUGACAUCAACAUGAAGAAGGGAGAGUCUGAGUGUCAGUACUACAUUGAGAAGCUGGAGUAUCUUGAUGACAGGCAGAGGGACCCUCGCAUCGAGCUGUGCAAGAGCCUUUUGUGUCAUGGAGAGGUGCGCAACAAGAGUGGCACGAAGCUGCAUGUGUUUCUGUUCACGGAGCUUCUGGUCCUGACCCGCCCCGUCACCAGAAAUGAACGUCAGUGUUUCCAAGUUUACCGUCAGCCAAUCCCGGUGCAGGACCUGGUGUUGGAGGACCUGCAGGAUGGAGAUGUCAGAAUGGGCGGCUCCUUCAGAGGUGCCUUCAGCAAUGUGGACAAAGCCAAGAACAUUUUUCGUGUGCGUUCCCAAGACCCAAACCAGGUGCAGUCUCACACCCUACAGGUCAACGAUGUCUUCCACAAACAGCAGUGGCUCAACUGUCUGCGCAGCGCCAUUUCCAUCCAUCGGCCUCUCAGCGAGUCCCCUACCCCGAGCCCGACCACGAGUGACACCAAGCAYUGCUCGUCCCCCGCCAUCGCCCACACACAGGAAGCUGAUGAAAACUGCCCACGGCCAGCCUCAGACUCCACACCUAGCUCACCACAUAGCCCCACCCCAUCCUCAUCUUCAACCCGUUCGUCGUCUUCAUCAACGGCAUCAUUGUUGUCGUCGCCGCUCUUCUCAACAACAUUACACAAAAGCAAGAAGGACAAAAAGUCYUUGUGUUCCUUAGGGAAACGCAAAGAGACAAUGGUGUGAAGUGAGGCGGAGGAAACAGACUCUUGGUUGGACACUWUUCUUGUACAGUGAAGCGCGGGUCUUGUAUUUAUCUGUAUUAUUACGACAGUGUUUGAUGUUACUGUCCUCACUGGCAGCUAUCCAAGUGCAUCCCACAGAGCCAGUGUUCUGGAGAAUGUGCACAAAUUCCACUGGCUCCAAAACGGGAUCACAAAUCUGGAUUUUCCAAUGACUUUGUCAUGACUCUGAAGUAAAGAUCGAACCUUGUUUACUUUUAAUUUGGUAUUUAAGUCUAAUUUUAGACCUGUUUCUGGGGGCUAACAAAAGUUUUACAUAUUUAUACUCAAAAUAUAUAGCAAUUUUUAUAGUUCUUUAUUAAGCAACAGUUCUAGUCUUUAGAACAUUUAAUUUUGUUUCUUUUUUUGUUGUUUAAUUGUAUAAAAGGAAAGAAAAACCAGCGGAUGAGACAAAAAGCUUUAAAUUAAUCAGAAGAUGUGUCUUAGUUUGAUGCAUUCCUUAAAUCCUGGACACUGUAGUUCCCUACAGAGGUCCUCAUUUAAACACAGAACAAAUGAAAUCUUGGAUUUCUCACAAAUAACAAACUCUUUGAUGGUAGAGUCAUAUCAAAGAAGAAACUAAGCUUUGUUUUAAAACAAGUUUGAACUGAGCCAUGUUGGCUGCUUUUUAAGCUAACAGAMGAAAAUGGAUCACAGUGGACUAUAAUGUCCUUUGGGACAAGACAAAGUGGACAGAAGGAUUGUUAAGAAAAUGUUGAAUGGUAAAGUAGACCGAGGUGUGCUGAUGAGGUUGAASUGGAAGAUUGCUAAAGAUGGUUUUAAAGUCAGAGUCUGAUGGAUACAGUAUGUAGGGGAAGGUGUUCGUACAAUGGAAUCCGUAAGUGAGGAAGAUGUUUUCUGUUCRCGAGGUUGAAACAAAAGUAAAACAGGUGACAUGUUGGCCACAAAUUUGAUGCAACUAAAAGAAUAAAGGGUGGUGUAAGAUUUGCAACUAAA